AUGGCCGACGACCUUACCCUGUUCUGUCUUGUUGAUGGGGAAUCCACAUUGAACGCCUUCUCUGUCGAGAUUGACCCCAGUAAGACAGUCGAUGGCCUCAAGGAUCGCAUCAGGGCCAAGACUCCUGACACGUUCACUGGAGUUGAUGCCAAGGAUCUUAUCCUCUGGAAAGUCUCAAUCAAAGAUGACGACGACGGCGACGACGACGUUACCAUUGUGCUCGACUCUGUGCCUGGGUCUGAGAAGAAGAAACUCAGAGCGACAAGAGAACUCUCCGAUGUCUUUAAAGAAACGCCACCCAAGAAAACGAUCCACAUCAUCGUCGAGCGCCCUCCUCAAGUGCAAGCACCUAUUUUUUCAAACGAAUCUCGUCCUGGUACACCGCCGUCAGAUGAGAAAUGGCAAGAACUUGUUGUGCAGAUUGAGGACACCUUCUUUGCGCCUGAUUCGAACAAUUACACAAGCCUCGUCCAGUUUGUUAAAGGUGGUGCGAACGUUCCGACAACAGGAGGAUCACUCGGCGGCCUACCCUUUGUUCUUCCCCGUGCAGACAGGGAAACGAACAACCCCAGUCUCUUGUUCCUAAACCUACCAGAAUCUCCCGGGACACAGGAUCCUCCCAGUACUGCUGAUAGGGCGCUCGAGAAGCUUCGUGGACGAGCAAUUCCCGUGUUACCGCUCUUUGGCGUUUCUGGGUGUGGGAAAACGAGGACUGCAAUCGAGAUGCUCUGCAUGAACUGGGGCUUCUAUUUCAAUGGAAGAAGCACGGAUUGGGUUUGCUUCCGCACGUUGGGUUUCGAGGACCUGUUUGACUCGCUGUUCACGUUGUUUGCGGAUACGAUCUACCUUCAGUCCAUCGACAUUACUCUUAUGAGCAGCUUUGUUCGAGUCCGUUUCUCUAAACUCCGCCUACGCCUUCUGGACCUGACCUUCAACACGCCCUCCCAGGGCACCAACUACAAAAUCCUUCUAGUGGUCGACGAGGCGCAAAAUCUUGGCAAGAUGGACUUUGGGAAGUUUCUCUCUCAACAAGUAUAUCCGAAAUCUGAGGGGCAAGUCGCCGCUGCCUCAGGUAACGACUCUAUGCGACCGAUCCUCUCCCCCUUGGUUCACGGGUUCUACCAGAUCGCUCGCGACAAUGGACACUUUUCCAUAGUACCUUGUGGGACUGGCCUCAGCGUUUUCAAUAUGAAUUGGCUCGAAGACUCGGCUCCUGGUCCUAAAGGUUACAGCAAGCUGCUUGGACCAUUUACCGAUUUCCAAGGCUGGGAGUCGCUCGAACAAGUCCAACACUACCGAGAUCUUGUGCGUCGUUCGCUGCCCAAUGCCGAAGCCAGAAUCGUCUUCGACACUCGUGUGCCGGUCGAAUCGAUACCAGAGCUCUUUGCACGCUUGCGUGGACGUUUUAGACCCAUUGUCUCCGCUAUCGAGCGUAUGAUCAUGCCCAGCAAUGACGAGAUCGAUUGGAGACAGGCGAUUAAGGAAACGGAGGAUACUUUGUCAUCAACGGAGACCGAGUAUUACGGCAAAGGAAACAUCGCCUUCGACAUAUCGCAAAUGGUUCGCAGAGUUCACAAUUUCGAGUCGCGGUACGCAAACUAUCAAAACAUACGAACCAUCCUCCAGGGCUUUGUGUUGCAGCACUUCCUGCACGGGCGCCCUUUACUUCUCAAUAGGGAGGAGGCAAUACUGGUGGAAGCUUCUGUCGGGAGGAUCCUUAAUUUCGGCAAACACGCGGUGACGGUCCUCGAUGAACCCUUUGCACUGCUUGCUGCCGUGAACUACUUCCGUCGACAUGACCCGAAAUUUCACAGUGCGAUCUGUACGUUGCUCGGUUCGGGAUCAAAUGCGUCAGUGCAUGGACACCAAUGGGAAAAGGCAGUGUUGCCUAGCCUGGCACACGUUUUCCACGACAAAAUCCUAUCCUACACAGGUCUGGUUCCGGAGGGGACGAAGUCGUACGAUCCCAUUCUGGAUGGCAAGGCUGAAAUUGCUGGAUAUGACAGCCACAUCACCCUUGGGAUCGACGUUAAAACUAUGUCACUGGAUGCGUUUCUGGAGGCUCAUGUCCGCAACGGUUCACGCAAGGAUGGGAAGCCAGUUCCGCCGUUUUACCAACCUGCUGAAACGCCGUCAGGACCCGACGUUGCAUUUGUUCUUCAUCUCGACAACCAUGGCUACUGUCCCGUUUUCGUCCAAUUGAAGAUGCGACACAAGAUGACAAAACUAGAAACUCAGAUUGCGUUUUCAACGGUCAAAGCUGGCGCGGUCCAGGGCCAUCUUCAAGAGGCGAUGCUUCAGAGGUAUUGUACCGGUUAUCCUAAGCGGUUACUUGGCAUUGUUAUUGCUUAUCCGGCCGAGCUUGCAGGCGUUGAGGGCUCAUUUCCGGAGGUCAGACGAAGCGAGCGAAUCCGGUCCACCGAAGGAGACACACCCCAGUGCAUUUCGCUGAGGAUUGACAAGAACAACAUACACGACCUCUUCCCCCAAAACCAUAUGCAGGCACUGGAUUUGCUUAAGGGAAUCAAGCGACAAUUGGACCAGACUGACAUGGGCCAAGGCAGCGAUGAUCAAAAGGACGAGCCUGUGACAAAGCAUCGUCGGUACGAGGAUGAAAACGAAGACUCCCGCGUGGACUCUGAUUAG